AUAUGCACCCACUUAAAUAAAGAUGGAGUCACCUGUGGAGAAACAAAUUCAAAGAAUUAAAAUGCAAGAACAAGAUAAUGAAAUUAAAUUACGGGAAAAGCGUGAAUUGAAUAAUACAAUAGUUUCCACCAACCGAGAGAUUCGUGACAGCUUGGCCCAGUUGAGUAAACUAUGCAAGGAAUAUCAGUAUCUGAUCACCACUACCGAUAAGCUUGUCCAUCAAGUGGCUGUGGAGAAAUUGCGAUUAACUGCGGUUACUACAGAAGUAGAUAAUUAUGUUAAAGAAUUUAGAGAACUUCAUAAUACAUCUAAUGAUGGUGUUUGGUCUGUUUGGAAUAAACGAUCAGAAUUGCUUCAGGCCAUCGAGGACGUUGUAAACAAAUGCGACAUUUGGCCGUUGCUAAUUAAACCUUCACACAAAGAAAUAUUUUCAGACAUUAAACCUCUCAUAAUUAUAAAAAAAAAUGUUCGAGAUAAAGACAAAUUGAGAAAUGCUUUAGAAAGACGUAAUAAAGCACAAAAUGAACGUAACUAUCUGUUAUCAGAACCAGAACUGGGAGAAGAAUUUAUUAGAAUAAAAAAUGCUCUACAAUACUCGAUGGAAGCAGCUGCUAACGCAAUGUAGCAUCAUGCGUAAUUAGACAAUCUCAACUAAGUACUAAAUGCUUUCUGGUUCCGCGAAAAUUCUAGUUCAGUAAGGUGAAAGGCCUUCGUGAAA